AUGCGUGAAACAAGAAAUAGUAUCAAUCCAUCUCAACAGCCAUUGUUGAAUGAUAAAAAGACAGAUGUUCUUCAACAGGCUGUUGAACGUGAAUAUAUUAAAUUAUUUCGUAAAAUACAUAAAACAACACAAAAAUCUAUUCGUCAUAUUCUACGAAAUGUGAAUCAACGUCCACCACUACAGCCAUUAACAUUUCCUCUCCUAAAUUCUUCUAUAGAAUUCAAUACUGAUGAUGAUGAUGAUAAUAUUCAAACAAUUUCAGUUACGAUAUCAGAUGGUAAUAAUCAAAAACCACAAAAGAAUAUCACAAUUGCUACCAUAAUGCCAACAGUAUCUGCAAUACGAGAAUUAAUAUCCUACGUACCAACAGCGAGAAAUAUAGCUACGCGUGGUGCUCUCAUUGGUAUUCCAUAUUUAGGAGAUACAUUUAAUGCUGAAGAUCAAAAAUUGAUUAAUUCAAUAUCCGGUGAAUCAACAAACCAAAACAACAGUUUAACACGCAAAAAAAGACUCGAUGAACAAUCGUUAGAAAUACUUUAUCAAACUAUACGAUCGAAUAUAGUUUGGGAUACAUAUUCCAAUGAGCAAAUUAUUGAUGCAAUACUUCAUUAUCAUCGUGAUAUUACACCACGUACAAGACUCAUCACUAUUGCAAAUCAAGAAGAAAUUACUGGACAUAACAAUAUUCAGUAUCCUUCAAAUAUUGAUAUUGAUGAUCUUAUUAUAAAACCAUAUUGUUUAUUACACAAAGAAAAAUCUUCUCAUCUUCCAUUACCUGAACAAAUUUCUAUAUGUAAUGAUAAUCAAUCAUCUCCCUGUAGUUCAUCAUGUUAUAAACAUGAACGUGAACAUUUAAAACGUUCUUUAUCACCACCAUCUCAUAUCAACGAAGAAUCUAGUCAUUCUCAAACAUAUCGUUCAAUAUCAUCUGAUUUAACUGAAAAUGUUAAUAAACGUCGACGUAAAUCAACUCCAUUUCGUCGUAUAUCAUCGUCAAAUAAAUUAAUUUAUUCUCAUAAUGAAAAUUUUCGUACUGAACUUUAUCUUGAUUCUCAUUUACAAUCACUUGAUAAUCAAAAAAAAUUAACCUCUCAACAAUUAUUAACACGUAUAGAAAAUCAUAUGACUAAUCCAUCAAAACAACAACAAAUAUCUCUAGCUAAUAAUUGGACAUUAACUGAUCGAACUUUAUUUCGUCUAUUUUAUUUUCUAUUCGAUGGUGAUUUAUGUGCAAUAAAACAAGUAUUUAAUGAUCAUCGAACUUGUCAAGAUUUUUAUCAGCAAUCUAUCUUAGAUACGAAAUAUUUCUUUAAUCGAAUAGUAGUAACAAAUAAUUUAUCAUUUAUUAUACGUCAACCCUAUCGACGAAAAAUGUUAGAUGGUGCAACACGAGCUUUUCUUUUUCAUAUAAAAAAACAUUUAAAUAAUAGUAAUAAUACUUUCAAAUCAGCAUAUCAACCAUGUUUACAUGAUGGACCAUGUACAUUAUCGAAUGAAAAUUGUUAUUGUAUGAAAAAUGGCACAUAUUGUGAAAAGUAUUGUAAUUGUUUAAUAGAUUGUCCACAUCGAUUUCCUGGUUGUACUUGUAAAGGUGCAUGUUUAUUAAAUAAUUGUUUAUGUUGUGCAGAAGGACGUGAAUGUGAUCCUGAUUUAUGUCAUAAAUGUGGUGCAUCAUUAUUUCUUAAUGAAAUCAAUGAUUUAAAUCCAAUAAUUAAAUCCGAACCAGAAACAUCAUUUAUUGAACGAAAAACAUUACCAAGUUUACCUCGACGAAAUAUAAGAUUAAAAAUGAAUGGAAAUUUACCAACAAGAUAA